CACAACACAUAGUUUCUGUCUCUCUCUCUGUCUCUCUUAGAAACCAAGUUUCCAAUCUGAGCAAUCAUCAUAUCAUGUCUCUCUCUCCAUUUCAAGGUUUCUAUCAAUCGCUUCAAAAAUAAAUAAAUAAAUAAACAGAGAGAUUAUAUUUCUUUCAUUUGAAAUUUGGGUUUUCAAGGAGAUCGAUCAUCAAAUAAAAUGGCAGAUUAUCCAAUGAAACCUGUUCUUCAAAAACCACCAGGCUACAGAGAUCCAAACACGCCUUCUCCUCAACCUCCUCCUCCUCCACCACCCGCCGCAUCAUCAAGACCACAACCACCACCCAUGAGAAAAACCGCCGCCGGUGGUAUGCCUUCUUCCUUCCGACCAAAGCGAAAACGAGGAAACUGUUUCAAAUCCUGCUGCUGCUGCAUCUGCAUCACCAUCCUCCUCCUCGUCUUCCUCUUCCUCAUCGCCACCGCCGUCUUCUACCUCUGGUUCGACCCCAAGCUCCCCACUUUCAGCCUCUCCUCCUUCCGCCUCGACGGCUUCAAACUCUCCGACGGAUCUUCCCUCUCCGCCACCGCCGUGGCCCGCGUCGAUAUGAGGAACCCCAACACCAAGCUCGUUUUCUACUACGGAGACACCGCCGUCGACAUGAGCGUCGGAAGCGGGAGCGACGAGACCUCCAUGGGAGACGCGACGAUCCAAGGGUUCAGACAAGGGCCGAAGAACUCGACGAGCGUCAAAGUGGAGACGUCGGUGAAGAACCAGCUCGUGGACAGUGUGCUGGCCAAGAGGCUCGCGUCCAAGUUUCAGAGCAGAGAUUUGGUGAUUAACGUUGUCGCCAAGACGAAGGUUGGAUUAGGCGUCGGAGGGGUUAAGAUCGGGAUGCUCGCCGUUAAUUUGAGAUGCGGUGGAGUUAGUUUGAGCAAGCUUGAUACUGAUUCGCCUAAAUGCAUCCUUAACACGCUCAAAUGGGUGAAUUUACAGUAAGGAGGAAGGAAGACUUCCGGGGUGAUUUUGAAAAAUGGCGGCAGUCUUUUAACAUUUCUAUGAAUAUAUGUUGUAAACUAUACUUCUGUAGAUACGUGUAUUUUUUUUAUAUCCUUGAUCAAGUAUUGACUACAUUGAGAUGAACAUGUAGAGUGUUUCGUUGUUAUUCGUGUGUGACAUGAUUUUUUUUUAGUGAUACAUUGUGUGAGGUGUGCGCUUUUGGGAGGAAAGGAUUAUGUAAUGUGUUGAAUAUAUUUCUGACAUUUUUUGUGUAUAUUUGGGAUUUUGUAUAUGUUAAACGGUUGGAAUUUGUUG